AUGUGGGACCCGCGACCCCUCCUGCUGCUGCUCUCGGGGGCCCUGGCCCUGAGCCAGACCCGGGCGGGCCCCCACUCCCUGCGGUAUUUCUCCACCGCCGUGUCCCGGCCCGGCGGGGAGCCCCGCUUCAUCGCCGUCGGCUACGUGGACGACACGCAGUUCGUGCGCUUCGACAGCGACUCGGCGAGUCCGAGGAUGGAGCCGCGGGCGCCGUGGGCGGAGCAGGAGGGACCCGAGUACUGGGAGCGGGAGACGCGGAGCGUCAAGGGCUCCGCACAGGAUUUCCGAGUGAGCCUGGACACCCUGCGCGGCUACUACAACCAGAGCGAGGCGGACUCUCACACCCUCCAGUACAUGUACGGCUGCGACGUGGGGUCCGACGGGCUCCUCCUGCGCGGGUACUAUCAAUACUCCUACGACGGCGCCGACUACAUCGCCCUGAACGAGGACCUGCGCUCCUGGACGGCGGCGGCGGGCACGCAGGCUUGGAGAAGCCAGCGCAAGUGGGAGCAGGCGGGUGAGGCUGAGCGCUACAGGAACUACCUGGAGAACAUCUGCGUGCCUUGGCUCCUCAAACACCUGGAACACGGGAAGGACACGCUGCUGCGCGCAGAAGCCCCCAGAAGACACAUCACCCACCACCCCUUCUCUGACCGGGAGGUCACCCUGAGGUGCUGGGCCCUGGGCUUCUACCCUGCCGACAUCACCCUGACCUGGCAGCGUGAUGGGGAGGACCUGACCCAGGACACAGAGCUGGUGGAGACCAGGCCUUCAGGGGAUGGAAACUUCCAGAAGUGGGCGGCUGUGGUGGUGCCUUCAGGAGAGGAGCAGAGAUACACUUGCCGUGUGCAGCACCAGGGGCUGCCGGAGCCUGUCACCCUGAGAUGGGAGCCCCCUUCUCAGCCCACCAUCCUCACUGUGGGCAUCAUUGUCGGCCUGGCUCUCCUCGGGGCUGUGGUCACUGGAACUGUGGUGGCAGCUGUGAUCAGCAGGAGGAAGCGCUCAGGUAAGUUGGGGGUGGGUUGGGGGGAAUCUGUCCACCAUGGCAGGGCUUGAGUCUUGUUCAAAUUUGGGGGUCUCCCUCCAUAUUCGCUCUCCUGCCUCAUUAGCGGAAGCACCACCCGCCCCUGUGCUGUCGCUCAGACUCCCCUGUGUGUGCCGCUCUCAGGUUUGCUCAGGAAAGACACUUUCACCUCCAUAAGCUGGGGAUGAACCUGGUUUCUAGGGUCCCAGGUCCCAGGGACUA